AUGAAAUACGUUGUCGUUUCAGGUGGUGUCAUCUCCGGUAUUGGUAAGGGUGUUCUUGCGUCGUCCACCGGUCUCUUGCUCAAAACGCUUGGUUUGAGAGUCACGUCCAUCAAAAUCGAUCCAUACUUGAACAUCGAUGCAGGUACCAUGUCACCACUGGAACAUGGUGAAUGUUUCGUCUUGGACGACGGCGGAGAGGUUGAUUUGGACUUGGGUAAUUACGAAAGAUACUUGGGUAUCUCUUUGACCAGAGACCACAACAUCACCACCGGUAAGAUCUACUCUGCAGUCAUUGAAAGAGAGAGAAAGGGUGACUAUCUCGGGAAGACCGUCCAAGUUGUUCCUCAUAUCACCAAUGCUAUUCAGGACUGGAUCGAGAGAGUCUCGAAGAUCCCUGUCGACAACUCUGGUGAAGAGCCAGACGUCUGUAUCAUCGAAUUGGGUGGUACUGUGGGUGACAUCGAAUCUGCACCAUUCGUCGAAGCAUUGAGACAGUUCCAGUUCAGAGUCGGCCAUGAAAACUUUGCGUUGAUCCAUGUCUCAUUGGUGCCAGUCAUCCAUGGCGAACAGAAAACCAAGCCAUCACAGGCUGCCAUCAAGGAUUUGAGAUCUUUGGGUUUGACGCCAGACAUGAUUGGCUGUAGAUGCGCAACUGCCCUAGAAAAGCCAACAAUUGACAAGAUUGCCAUGUUCUGUCAUGUUGGCCCUGAACAGGUUUUGGCAAUCCGUGAUGUCAACUCUACCUAUCACGUUCCAUUGUUGUUGAAGGAGCAAAAGAUGAUCCAUUACUUGUCGAAGAGAUUGAACCUUGGUGAGUUGAAAAUCAACAAAGAUAUGCAAUCGAAAGGUGAAGACCUAUACCACAAAUGGACGUCAUUGACUGUUCAACACGAUAAAUCCUUUGAAAAGGUCACCAUUGCCAUUGUUGGUAAGUAUACCAAUUUGCAUGAUUCAUACCUUUCGGUUAUCAAAUCUUUGGAACACGCAGCCAUGAAAUGUGUGAGAAGACUAGAAAUUGUUUGGGUUGAAUCUUCGGAUCUAGAACCAGAGACUGAGUCCAUUAACAAGGCGAACUUCCACACUGCAUGGCAAUUAGUGUGCAAGGCUGACGGUAUUUUAGUUCCAGGUGGUUUUGGAUCUAGAGGUAUCGAAGGUAUGAUUGCAGCUGCCAAAUGGGCUAGAGAAAACAAGGUUCCGUAUCUUGGUGUUUGUUUAGGUUUACAGGUUGCCGUCAUUGACUUCACCAGAAAUGUGUUGGGUAAAAAGAAUGCUUCAUCUGUUGAAUUCAACAUUGACUUACCUGAGGAAGAACAGGCGGUUGUUUACAUGCCAGAAAUUGACCGAGAAAGAUUGGGAGGUACCAUGAGAUUAGGUUUGAGACCAACAGUUUUCCAAGAGGGUUCUGAAAAGUCUGUUAUUAGAACCUUGUAUGGUGAUUCAACGGAAGUUUACGAAAGACAUAGACACAGAUACGAAGUUAAUCCUAAAUUGGUUGCCGACAUUGAAUCUCACGGUAUGAAAUUUGUUGGUAAGGAUGAGACUGGACAAAGAAUGGAGAUAUUCGAACUCGAUGACCAUCCAUUCUUCGUUGCCACCCAAUACCACCCUGAAUACAUUUCAAAGGUUUUGGACCCUUCAAGACCAUUCUUGGGUUUGAUUGCUGCAUCUGCUGGUGUGUUGGACGAUAUCUGCAAGUUGGACCUAAAGCAACGUGAUAACGACUUCUGA